GGUCCCCCUUCGGUUCCCCAGCCACCUGGUUCACCCGGUUCAUCCUCCCUUCCCGAAGCUAGCCCUCGAAGGCACGAGCAGCCGGCGCCUUCGGCAGAGGAGGAGGAGGAGGAGGAGGAGGGAUCGCGUCGGGCGGAGCUUCAGGUCCUGUUCGCCUCUCCGGCUUCUCCAUACAAAGAUUACGGUGCAGAAGGAAAUUGCUCUUGCCUUCUCCGCCCCCCGGUACCCAGCACAAUGCACCAGCCGCCGGAGUCCACCGCCGCGGCGGCCGCUGCUGCAGACAUUAGUGCUAGGAAGAUGGCGCACCCGGCAAUGUUCCCUCGAAGGGGCAGCGGUGGUGGCAGCGCCUCUGCUCUCAAUGCAGCAGGUACGGGCGUCAGUGGUGCUGCUCCAUCUUCUGAAGAUUUUCCUCCUCCUUCGCUGCUCCAGCCGCCGCCUCCUGCUGCAUCUUCCACGCAGGGACCACAGCCUCCGCCUCCACAAAGCCUGAACCUCCUCUCGCAGGCUCAGCUGCAGGGACAGCCUCUUGCGCCAGGAGGAACUCAGAUGAAAAAGAAAAGUGGCUUCCAGAUAACUAGCGUUACUCCGGCUCAGAUCUCUGCCAGCAUCAGCUCUAACAACAGCAUCGCGGAGGACACCGAGAGCUACGACGAUCUGGAUGAGUCGCACACGGAAGAUCUCUCUUCUUCCGAGAUCCUCGACGUCUCCCUUUCCAGGGCCACUGACUUAGGUGAGCCUGAACGCAGCUCCUCAGAGGAGACUCUGAAUAACUUCCAGGAAGCUGAGACACCUGGGGCAGUCUCUCCUAACCAGCCCCACCUUCCUCAGCCUCAUUUGCCUCACCUUCCACAACAGAACGUUGUGAUCAAUGGGAAUGCCCAUCCCCACCACCUCCAUCACCACCAUCACCCUCAUCAUGGGCACCACCUUCACCAUGGGCACCAUCAUUCAUCACAUGCUGCUGUGGCCGGUCCAUCCAUUCCCGGAGGGCCACCCUCGAGCCCAGUGUCCAGGAAACUCUCUACAACUGGAAGUUCUGAUGGUGGUGUGCCAGUCGCACCUCCUCCUGCUGUACCAUCGAGUGGCUUACCAGCAUCAGUGAUGACGAACAUCCGUACUCCAAGUACUACAGGCAGCCUAGGUAUAAAUUCGGUUACUGGCACGAGUGCGACGAAUAAUGUUAACAUUGCUGCUGUGGGUAGUUUCAGUCCCAGUGUGACGAACAGCGUGCAUGGUAAUGCUAAUAUAAAUACAAGCAAUAUCCCUAAUGCUGCUAGCAUAAGUGGUGGGCCUGGAGUUACCAGUGGUGUAAAUUCGAGUAUCUUGAGUGGCAUGGGCAAUGGUACCGUUUCUUCCUCUCCUGUUGCUAAUAGUGUCCUUAAUGCAGCUGCAGGUAUCACUGUGGGAGUGGUUUCCAGUCAGCAGCAGCAGCAGCAACCAACAGUUAACACAUCGAGGUUCAGGGUUGUGAAGUUAGACUCUACUUCUGAACCCUUUAAAAAAGGUCGAUGGACUUGCACUGAAUUCUAUGAGAAGGACAACGCUGUGCCAGCUACAGAAGGCGUGGCCAUCAAUAAAGUGGUGGAGACGGUGAAGCAAACCCCCACCGAAGCAUCGUCCUCGGAGAGGGAGAGCACUAGUGGGAGUUCCGUGAGCAGUAGUGUGAGCACACUGAGUCACUACACGGAGAGUGUGGGAAGUGGAGAGAUGAUGGGAGCCCCGGCUGUGGUGGCGCCGCAGCAGCCGCCGCUACCACCAGCGCCUCCGGGUCUUCAAGGUGUGGCCCUCCAACAGCUAGAGUUCAGUAGCCCUGCUCCACAGAGUAUUUCUCAGUCACAGAUGUCACAAGUACAGUUACAGCCUCAAGAGUUGAGCUUUCAGCAGAAGCAGACUCUUCAGCCUGUCCCUCUGCAAGCCACCAUGAGUGCCGCAACUGGUAUCCAGCCUUCCCCUGUCAGCGUGGUCGGCGUCACGGCGGCUAUAGGUCAGCAGCCUUCCGUUUCCAGCCUGGCUCAACCGCAGCUGCCGUAUUCUCAGACAGCUCCUCCCGUGCAAACUCCUCUUCCAGGGGCACCACCCCAGCAGUUACAAUACGGGCAGCAGCAACCAAUGGUUCCUGCGCAGAUAGCCCCAGGCCAUGGCCAGCCAGUGACUCAGAAUGCAACUUCAGAGUAUGUGCAGCCGCAGCAGCAGCAGCCAAUGUUUCAAGCAGCAAUGUCCUCUGGGCAGUCCAGUUCCACGGGCACGGGGGCAGGAAUAUCGGUAAUUCCUGUGGCUCAGGCACAGGGGAUCCAGCUGCCAGGGCAGCCCACAGCAGUACAAACACAACCUGCAGGGGCACCUGGGCAGCCCAUUGGCCAGGCUCAAACAGCAGUGUCCACUGUACCAACUGGCGGUCAGAUUGCAAAUAUCGGUCAACAGGCAAACAUACCCAGUGCAGUACAGCAGCCCUCUACCCAAGUUACACCUUCAGUUAUUCCGCAAGGUGCUCCUCCAUCUUCACAAGUAGUCCUACCUGCUCCAACCGGGAUCAUUCAUCAGGGAGUUCAAACCAGUGCUUCAAGCCUUCCACAACAAUUGGUCAUUGCACCCCAGAGUACCUUGGUAACUGUGCCUCCCCAGCCACAGGGAAUAGAAACCGUGGCCCAAGGGGUUGUUCCCCAGCAGUUGCCCACAGGUAGCCCUCUGCCCUCUGCUAGCACUAUUUCUGUUACAAAUCAGGUUAGUUCAGCCGCUCCUUCUGGAAUGCCUUCUGUCCCAACAAACUUAGUUCCACCACAGAAUAUAGCACAACCCCCAGCCACCCAAAAUGGCAGUUUGGUUCAAAGUGUUAGUCAAUCUCCCUUGAUAGCCACUAACGUAAGUUUGCCUUUGGCACAACAGAUACCACUAAGUUCUACUCAGUUCUCUACACAAUCAUUAGCUCAGGCCAUUGGAAGCCAAAUGGAAGAUGCCAGGCGCCCAGCGGAGCCCUCCUUAGGCGGCUUACCUCAGACUAUGAGUGGUGACAGUGGGGGAAUGUCAGCAGUUUCAGAUGGGAGUAGCAGCAGCCUAGCAGCCCCUGCUUCUCUCUUCCCGUUGAAGGUGCUACCGCUGACAACACCCCUGGUGGAUGGCGAGGACGAGAGCUCUGGUGCAAGUGUGGUAGCUAUCGACAACAAAAUAGAGCAAGCUAUGGAUCUGGUGAAAAGCCAUUUGAUGUAUGCGGUGAGGGAGGAAGUGGAAGUUCUGAAGGAGCAGAUCAAAGAACUAAUAGAGAAAAACUCCCAGCUGGAGCAGGAGAACAAUCUGCUGAAGACGCUGGCCAGUCCGGAGCAGCUCGCCCAGUUCCAGGCCCAGCUGCAGACUGGCUCCCCUCCGGCCACCACGCAGCCACAGGGGACCACACAGCCCCCUGCACAGCCAGCAUCCCAGGGCUCGGGAUCAACCGCAUAGCCUCCUAGGCCCCAACAGAACUGGCUGCUGCUGCUGCUGCUGCUGUCUGAACUGAACAGACCGAAGAGAUGUGCUAGAGAGAAGCCGCCUCCACAGUCACCCAUUUCAUUGCUGUCUACGAAAGAGACGUGAGACUCACACGCUGUUCUCGCUUUCUCCCCAGUAUUAAGCACUCAUAUGCUUUUGGCUUGAAGAAAUGUACUAGUUGAGUGAAUUAAAGGUUAAUCAGAGAGUGAGCAUGGAUGUGCCCUGUGCAACGUGGCAGAUGUCUGAGGAAUGGUUUAAAUGACCCUGAGGAGCUCUGUGCCUUUUCAACCCUCCCCAGCCGCCCACCCUGCUUCCGAGAGCUCGGUGGCUCGCCUGCGUGGGGCUCGCCUGCGUGGGGUUCGGAAAGUGGGCUGCUCCUGGAUUCUCCCUUCAAAGAACUCGAGAGGCCAGAAACAAGACUGCAAUGGGAGAGGGGGGGGGAUGAUGCAGUCCUUAUACAAAACCGACAACUGUCACCAAAGCUUAUAAAACACGAUAGUACUGUCCCUCUUUUCUGAACCAUCAGAAGACACAAAACUGUUAGUGACACAACGGUGACAGGUAGCUGGGACCUAGGCUAUCUUAUUAUGAAGGUUGUUUUGCUUGUUGUAUAUUUGUGUAUGUAGUGUAACAAAUUUGUACCAUAGAGGACUGUCUGUAACUACUGUUUAGCUUCUACAGAUUGAAAUGUAGAUGUUCCAUUGGCUGUCUGAAAAGGUGUGCCUUGUCCUUCCUAGAGAGAUCUACUUAAAAACUGCUUUGUGACAAAAACCACACCUGAAGAAAUUUUAAGGAUUUGGCCCAGUUAGUCACUCUGUGUAGUCCCGGAAUCUAGCUGCUGAAGUCUUGCGAAGUAAACUCCCCGUGACCGAUGUCAGUUAAGCUGGUGAUACCCGGAGAAGUGGUCAGUUGCUAAGGAAGUGGAUUUCCCAGUAGGGGUUUCUGCACCUCACCUGUAUAGUCGUUCUCGCAUGUCCCCCACACAGUCCCCACUGUAUUUACCUGUUCUACUUGUCACCUUUCAAUAAAGCAUAUCAAAUGUUGAUA